GACCGGCGCGGGUCCACCGACCGCGACAACUGACCGGCGCGGGCGCGGCGCGGCGGCUAGCGCGACGGAGGCCGCGGGCCGCGGACCGCCGUACAGUCUCAGCUGCAGUGGCGGCCGCUGUCCGAGGCUGUACGCAGCCGCCCCGUCUCACGAAGGUCCCGGUUUCACGUAACCUCUUCACCUGUGCGGCCUGCGGGCCGGCCGGCACUCGGCAGUGUGGUGGCGGAGCGCGACUGCGGUGGGGCGCGGCCGGUGCGUCUGGCGGCCGGCGGUCCACUCCGGUUCAGCUGUGACCCCCAACAGGCAUCGCUUCAUCACCAGGAUGGUGCUGUGUAUCACGGGCAUCCCGAUCGAGACGAUCCCGCAAGACUCGCGCACGCUGUUCCAGCUGUACCCGCACCUGAAGGAGGGUGCUCGCCACCUCUGCAGCCUGCCGGCCAAGUGUGUUGGUCCGGCCGGUCUGCUGUACGUCAGCCAGCGCGAGCUGGCCGUCACCGUGCCGCACGACAAGAACGUCUCCGUGCUGGGUACCGACGACUGCACCACCUGUCACAUGGCCGUGUUCCGGCACACAGCUUCCGGUGCCACGGGACUCACUCACCUCGACGCCUGCGAACACGAGGAGUCGCUGCAAACGAUCCUUCAGCGCAUCGCGGAACUGUCGAUGGGCUACCCGGCCGGACGGGUGCAGCUGCACCUGGUCGGAGGCUACCGGGACAGCCGGGGCGUCUCCGAGGAAGCCACCCUGUCCCUGCUCAACGCGCUGUCAAAGAGUCCGUACGAGGUGGACCUGGUCACCUGCUGUCUGGGCGACCUCAAUACCAUCAUUAGGGCCGGCAUGAACUGGCCGGUGGUGUACGGCGUGGGCGUCAACGUGGAGACCGGCGAACUCUUCCCGGCCACAUUCCCCGACAAGGGUCCAGAGAUGGCGCUGCGGUCGGCGCGCUUCUACACCGGCGGACACCAGGUUUUGGAUAUAUACGACUGCCAGCAGGGCUUACUGCGUAUCGGCCCGUUCAACUAUGAGCCGCUGCGGGCGGUCGACCUGUGGCUGCAGCAGAGUGACGAGGUGCUGCUCAAACACCUCUCCACCAGUCCCGAGGUGGAGCCGCCGCACUUCGCCAUGCAGGUCCGCACCUCACUGAAGCACAUUCAGGAGCAUCCGUUUCCGGCCAUCACCAUCUUCCCGGACGGCCGUCCGCACUACUUCCGCAAGGACCAGCUGUCGGGCCAGUGGGUGCAGAUCCGCUACUGAACGCCCGGCCGGCCCGAGCGCGCCGCGCCGCCAACCAGCCGCCCAUUAUAUUGUUAGCUGUUGAACGCCACUGGUGAUACACGAUGCGGCCUUGGCGCCGGUGGCCUGCGGUGUCGGCCGGCGAGGAGCGGCCGGGCGCCCGGUCCAGUGACCGCGGCCGGCCGGGCGCUGCGCCGCGCCGCGCCACGCUGAGCUCCUCUUCUCUCUGUGCAGGGCCGCCGAAUGGACCUUUUUGUGCAGUUUGCUGAUUGACGAAGAGUUGAUAUUUAAUGUAAGCAGCAGUGGUCUAGUAUUGUUGACUAUGAGUGAGUGAGGAUGAGUAGAACACUGCGACUUUGAUUUCGAUGUAUACAUAAGUGUCGUUCAC